AUACAUUAACCAACUGCUCUACCAUCUGAUACUAGGGCUUUCUCAGUGAAAAACUCCAUACAUUUUUCGUUUCACUCACACUCUCACACAUGCCCAUUCGAAUCUGAAAUUUCGUAUUUUCUCUCUCCUCUUCCUCGUGCUCGAAUUGCAGAAGCUCGUUCCAGUUCAAGAAAACUCAAAUAAAGAUGUUCUCAAGUCACAAAUUCGCCAAAGUUCCUUUGUGUUAUCGGCUUCGAGAAGCUGUACAUUUUUCUUGUGUUUAUCAAAACAUCACCAGCGGGACUAAUUACCUCUGUGCUUCCUUUUGCACUGUUUUGGGGUCGCCGAAUGCAGCCGACUCCCUCGAUAUAGUUGAGUCACCGGAGCUUCCUAAUUGGAUUAAGUUUUGUGAACAUGAAACCCCUUCUGUUGCUGAAUCAGAUGAUGAUUUUGUGUUACCCAAAAUUGCCAAAUGGGCUGACACUCAAAAGCUACAUGCUGAUCAUAGCAAGCAUGUCAAACACAUUGUAGGUGAAAUCGUGGAUAGUGACGUCAAUAGGUUGGCUGAAGUUCUAAAGGGAUGGUUUGAGUCACCAGAUGCUGUUGGUGAUGCCCUUGCUGAGCAUAGCCAAAUCCCUCUAUCUGAGAGCUUGGUGGAAAAGAUCUUGCUGAGAUUUCGUAAUAAUUGGAUCCCUGCAUUCGGAUUUUUCAGAUGGGCUAAAGAUCAAACUGGUUAUAUGCACACGGAUAAAUGUUACAAUAUGAUGGUUGAUAUAUUGGGGAUGUCAAAGAAAUUUGAUUUGAUGUGGGAGUUGGUCGAGGAGAUGCAUAAAGUGGAAGGAUUUGUUUCCAUUUUCACAAUGACCAAGGUCAUGAGAAGGCUUUCUAGAGCUGGGAAAUGUGACGCUGCCGUUGAGACAUUUGAGAAAUUUGAGCUUUUUGGUUUGACUAAAGACACUCGAGCAAUGAAUAUACUAUUGGAUUCCUUAGUGAAAGAAAAGAAUGUCGAGCGUGCUCAUAAAGUGUUCUUGGAGUUAAAAGACAAAGUAGCUCCGGACAGUCGCACCUUCAAUAUCUUGAUUCAUGGUUGGUGUAAGACCAGGAAAUUCAAUGAAGCAAGAAAAGUAAUGGAGGAGAUGGAGAAGCAUGGCUGUGGCCCUGAUGUGGCCUCAUAUACUUGUUUUGUUGAGUAUUAUUGUCAAGAGAAAGAUUUUCGGAAGGUCAAUGAAAUUUUCGAUGAGAUGCAGCGGAAAGGUUGCCCCCCAAAUGUAGUGACUUAUACUAUUUAUAUGCUUGCUUUGGGGAAGGCCAAAGAGAUAAAUGAAUCCUUGGAGAUUUAUGAGAAGAUGAAGCAGGAUGGUUGUGUUCCUGAUGUUAGCUUCUAUAGUGCCUUGAUUUUUGUCCUGAGCAACUCCGGAAGGUUUAGAGAUGCGUGCGAUAUUUUUAAGGAUAUGGAAAAGCAGAAUGUUGCCCCUGAUGUCGUGACAUACAGUACCAUGAUCUCUUCAGCUUGUGCUCAUUCAAAAGAAGAGUACGCUCUUGAGUUACUCAAGGAAAUGGAGGAGAAAUCUUGUAGACCUAAUGUCCAAACUUAUACGCCAUUGCUAAUAAUGUGUUGUACGAAGAAGAGGAUGAAGGUGCUCAAGUACUUGCUUGAUGACAUGUUUCUGAAAAAUGUUAGUGUUGACCUCUCAAUAUAUUCCCUUCUAGUGGAUCGACUGUGUAAGAAUGGGAAACUAGAGCAUGCUUGUUCCUUCUUUGAACUAAUGGUCUUGAAGGGAAUGGUUCCUAGGGAUAACACAUAUCAGUUGUUGAUGAAAAAACUUGAGCAGAAAGGUAUGGGGAAAGCUAAACAGCAGAUUGAAAAAUUAAUGUUGAAGGCAAAAUUAUAACCCAUAUAGGAGGACUUGUGUUUCUGAUGAUGGUUAGAAUAGUGACAAGGGAAAACGUGAUAGUGAACUCACUUUCUGCUUCUUUUUCCUUAAUAUCACAUGAAUCAUAUCAUUGAUUUUAGCUAUUUAAAUGCUGAAGAAGUUUUGCAGAAGAGAGGAUCUAAGGUGGACGUGAUAUAAUCUGUGGCAAGGAUUUGGGUUCUCUUUUUUAGUUUAGUUUUGCUCGUUUCUUUUUAGUAUGAUGAGUUCCUACGGAAAGCCUCUAGAAGUACUGUAGUGGAUUCUUUUUUAGUUCUUCAGUUAUGUUGCCAUGUUCCACAACUUCAGUUUGUCUCUGGUCCUGGGAAUUAAUUGCAUCCAGGAUAUGGAUACUGGAUUAUCAAGCUGUUGAUAUGUAUUUUGUCUAGUGACUUGGUCUCCAUGAUUAAUGAUAAACUAAUAUCAAUGUUUGAUAGCUGUACCAUUAAUAGUUUCUUUUGUUUAAAUAAUAAUAGAAUUAACAAGAGGGGUUAGCUGCCCUUUGUAUGUGAA